AUGGACUGGUCGAGAACUGGCCAUCGGGCCGGCAUUUUCGUCGGUCUGAUCGCCGCCGUGGCAUUGAUCGGAGUAUUGAACCUCACCCUGAACCGCCAAGUGAAGGAUGUAGCUUUGAUGCAAGCAUCGCCUGGUGCAGCCCAGACACAGCAGCUGUAUCAGGUCGGCGACCAGGAGUACCUGCCGCUCAACGAAGGCUCCCCGGAGGACAUGGCGAUGGAGAUUGAGAAGAUCAUAGCGAAAGAAAAGGUCUUGCUAGGAAAGCUCCAGACGAGGGCUAAGAAGCAUCAACGCGUUGAGAUUCGUGUCGAAGCUGGACAGAUCGGCCCACGCGGUCCGACGGGGCCCAAGGGAUACCCGGGUCCUCAAGGCUUUAGGGGAGAGCGAGGCCCACGAGGAGUCAUCGGACCGACUGGUCCCAUAGGAGACCAAGGACCCCAAGGCAUCCAGGGGAUCAAGGGCGAGGACGGUCUGCCAGGACCUCACGGCGAUCAGGGUGACGCAGGUCCCCCCGGACCCCCUGGCCCCAAGGGACGCAGGGGCAAGGAAGGUCUCCGAGGGGACGAGGGUCCUCUUGGGAAGAACGGUCCUCCCGGCGCACCCGGAGAGAUGGGAACGCUCGGCCCUCCUGGCCCAGAUGCCAACGACGGCAUGGCCGGACCCCCCGGACCCCCCGGACCCCCUGGACCUCCUGGUAUCGACGGAGUGGCGGGAGUAGCUGGUGAUAUGGGCCCACCUGGGUUCGAAGGAGCCCCAGGGAACAAUGGGAAUCCUGGUCCACAAGGCUCUCAAGGGGCCCCGGGCAAGAGUCAGUGCAGCCUGCAGACUGGGCUGGGGAAGCAGUGGUGCUGUGGAACUGUCCCGUCCUCCGCGUUGCAAAUCGAAUCCUCCACCUCGUUCUUCACGACUGUGGACACUUCCCACUGUCAGUUCACAGGGCAGCCUAUCUACUACGCAACUGUCUAUGGAAAUGCUGGUAUGUGGGAAGUUAUCACGGCUGCUGACAUGACCGACCCGUCCGGGUUGCCUGACUCUAUCUCCAAGAAUCAGCUUAGAAUCUGGCUCCGUGCUAACGUGUACACCACUCUUAGCAAGGUUGCUGAUGAUUGGAACUGGAACCUUCGCUGGUGUGGAGUAGGCAGCGUGGACGUGCCAGCACCCUCAUACGCCAUGUGCUGCGGCAAGACCAGUCCCACCGGCUGGGAAGAGGAUCAUGGACAAGGAAAGGUGGUUGUGUCGCUUAAGGGCUGCGAGUUCACCGGGUCUGAGACUCCCUACAUCUUCACCUCCUUGUCCGACACGAGCGGAGGAAAAUCGGCUCAAGCUCUUGGCGUGAACUCGAUCUAUGGGCCGAGCAAAGAUGCGUUCACUGUAUCUCUCAAGAUGCUUCCCGGAUAUUCGACUAUAGGGUACCAGGGGUACAACCAGGCCAACUUCCAGCUCAACUGGUGCGCGUUCCAGCCUCGAAUCAACGAGGGCUUCGCGGGAUAUCCAUGCACGGCUCCUCGCUUGCUCGCUGGAGCAGGAGGUCAGAGCGUCCAGAGCAACAACGGCAAGAUGUGCUGCGACAAGACCAAGUACUCAGGAUGGCUGGACACAGGAGACAGCAAGACUAUCUACCGCACUGUCGACGUCUCUCGCUGCGGCUUCAGCGUCGUCUCGACUGUUCUCAUCAACCUACGAGGAGACGCAGGGACGGCAGACCGCGUGGGAGGUACCGCAGCCUUCAGCUGGGUGGACAGCAAGACGCUCAAGUAUGUCGUGUGGACCGGCGGCGUCUACAAGUACUAUGACGCCGACAAGUAUCACUGGCGUGCUGAAUGGUGCCUGAUGGGCGAGUAG